CUCACUAAUCAGAUUAUCACAACUCACACCACCAUGGUCAAUCAUUUUGUUGAACUCCUCUGUUCCUAUAUACAUCUGCAUCUGCAUACUUUGAUUGUUACUUCUUCAGCUAGCUAAACUUUGAUGGGGUUGUUGUCUUCCUUAUAAACAGCUCGAAUUUGAAGGGAAUCAUGAGCUCUUGAGGUGAAGUCCUUGCAUUUUUUAAUUGGGUAUAAGAAUCUUGUGGAGAAGCUACUUUGAGCUAUCAUAUGAGGUUUGAGGCUUUGGCUAUCUCAUGAAUCAUCUGAAGCUCACAACAUGAGGAGCCAAAGGACCAUUGUUUGGUUUAGAAGGGACCUUAGAAUUGAGGACAAUCCUGCAUUAACUGCUGCUGUUAAGGAGGGUUCAGUAUUCCCUGUGUUCAUAUGGUGCCCUAAAGAAGAAGAGCAAUUUUAUCCUGGAAGAGUGUCAAGGUGGUGGCUGAAGCAGUCUCUUGCUCAGUUGGAUCAGUCACUGAAAUCUCUUGGAGCUGGACUUGUGCUGAUCAAAACCCACAGUACUCUUUCUGCUCUUGUGGAGGGUAUAAAUGCUAUUCAAGCAACAAAACUUGUAUAUAACCAUCUCUAUGAUCCUGUUUCACUUGUCCGUGAUCACACCAUCAAAGAAAAACUAGUGGAACUUGGCAUCUCUGUGCAAAGUUACAAUGGGGAUCUAUUGUAUGAGCCAUGGGAAGUGUAUGACAAGAGUGGACAUGCUUUCACAACCUUUGAUCCUUUUUGGCAGAGAUGCUUGCACAUGCAAGCGAAAGCCGUUUCACUCAUUCCUGCAUGGCAAUUAAUUCCAGCUGAAGGAAAAGUUGAAGACUGCUCAAUUGAAGAACUAGGUCUUGAAAAUGAAUUAGAAAAAGCCAGUAAUGCUUUACUAGGACGAGCAUGGUCUCCAGGUUGGAGCAAUGCUGACAAGGCUUUAACAGAAUUUGUGGAGAAGCAUCUACUGCACUACUCCAAGAAUAGGCUAAAGGUUGGGGGAGACUCCACCUCACUCUUGUCCCCAUAUCUUCAUUUUGGAGAAGUGAGUGUGCGGAAAGUCUUUCAAUUGGCACGUAUGAAGCAGAUAUUAUGGGCUAAUGAAGGCAACUGCGAUGGCGAAGAGAGUGUCACUCUUUUCCUCAGGGCCAUUGGUCUUAGAGAGUACUCACGCUAUCUCUGUUUCAAUUUUCCAUUCACUCAUGAGAGGCCACUUCUCGGGCAUUUGAAGUUUUUUCCUUGGAAUACUGAUCCUGUGAACUUCAAGAGUUGGAGACAAGGAAGGACUGGCUAUCCUUUAGUAGAUGCAGGUAUGAGAGAACUUUGGGCAACAGGGUGGAUACACAACAGAACAAGAGUGAUAAUUUCCAGUUUUGCUGUGAAAGUGUUGCUUCUACCCUGGAGAUGGGGAAUGAAAUAUUUCUGGGAUACACUGUUGGAUGCAGACCUUGAAAAUGAUAUCUUGGGCUGGCAGUAUAUCUCAGGAUGCUUACCAGAUGGUCAUGAGCUUGAGCGCUUGGACGAUCCUGAGAUUCUAGGGGCGAAAUUCGAUCCAGAGGGUGAAUAUGUAAGGCAGUGGCUACCCGAGUUAGCACGAAUGCCAACUGAGUGGAUCCACCACCCUUGGGACGCACCACUUAGUGUUCUUGCAGCGGCAGGAGUUGAGCUGGGUCAAAAUUAUCCAAAUCCAAUAAUUGAUAUAGAUUUGGCCAGAGAUAGACUGACUAAAGCUAUAUUCAAGAUGUGGGAAGCUGAGGCGGCAGCAAAAUCUGAAGCAAGGAGUGAAGAAGUUGUAGACAACUCCAACAGUGCUGAAAACUUAGACAUUCCAAAAGUUGUCUUGCAGGGCAAGACUCUGGGCCCUACUGUUUCAGCUAAUGAUCAGGAGGUGCCUGCACUUCAGGACCCCAAGAAUGGUCAACCUAUUCGGAAGAGAUCGAAAUGUGUCGCUGAGGCGGGACAGAACCAGGAUAAUUCACAAAAUCAUGAUAAAGAUGCUGAGGUUUCAGUGUCAGGCAUUGAUCAAGACGUGUGUUCUACAGCCGACUCUUCAUGUAAGAAGCAGAGUACAACUACAAGCACAUAUUCAUUUUCUGUCCCGCAACAGUGUUCCUCAUCUUCUAGUCUGAAAUGGCCAUGGCAAGAAUAGAUUGACAUGGAGCAGAGUUGAAAGAAAGAUGAAGCUAUGUGAGGUUAAUGCUGCUCUUACUCAUAAAUAUCCAGUAGCAGCUGGUUAACUCAUGGGAAGAAAAUCUUGUGAUAUUUAAGUGCGGCAGUUGAUUUAGCCUAUGCUUUGACUUUGUUUUCUGUGGCUAUUUUCUCAAUCUGGGGUGCAAAAGCUUUUUAAUCCUACAAUAGAAUACAGGGUUGGAAAAAUAGCCAACAUUGUAAAUUAUGUCUGUUGAUGGGGAGGUCCAUAAUAAUACAUAUUCUGACGAUCCUGCAUACUAACUAUAAAUUAAUAUCCUACACAAUAAAUUAUCCUCAUAUCAUCAUCAUUUUAUUCUUAGUA